AUGUCAGGAGAAGACGAAGUGGACUACACCACGUUACCUCUAGAAGAGCGAUUGGCGUUCAAGUUAUGGAAAGCACGCUUAGAAGCUUAUAAAGAAUUGAGCCAGCUCUUCACAAAUUCUAUUGACGAGGGCAGGAGGGAUGAUAGUAUACAAAUUUACUGGAAAGAUCCUUCAUUAUUUGCACAAUAUAUAACUGAUUCUAAUGUGGUCGCUCAAGAACAGGCCAUUGUUGCCCUGAAUACUUUAAUAGACGCCUUUGCGCCCUCGUCUUUGAAAAAUGUACAUAAUGUUACCUUAAUAUCGACAUGGAUUCCAUUACUUGUGGAAAAGGGCUUAACAUCCUCAAGAGCGACGACAAAGACACAGUCGAUGAACUGUAUCCUCUCACUUUGCGGUCUUGAUGCGUCCAUUACGCAAUCUGUGGAAUUGAUAAUGCCCUUUUUCGAGAAAAAGCUACCAAAAUUGAUCGCUGCGGCAGUUAACUGCGUUUGUGAGUUAAUGGCCGCAUUUGGGCUCACCAAUGUAACCGUUCAAACGUUCCUGCCGGAAUUAUUAAAGUAUGUUCCCCAACUAGCCAGUCAUGGUGACAGAAAUGUUCGAUCACAAACGAUGAAUUUGAUUGUGGAGAUUUAUAAAAGUACAGGCAAUAAUGGUGACUUAUUAGAGGAGAUGCUGUUCAAAAAACUGAAGCCGAUUCAAGUGAAAGAUCUUCAUAAACUGUUCGCAAAAGUUGUCGAUGAGCCAUCUUCAUCAAAGAGAUUAUUCGAAUGGGAAAAAAGAGAGUUGGAAAAGAAAAGAAAGCAAGAGGAAGAAGCCAGGAAGAGAAAAUCCAUAACUUCUAAUGAUAAGCAGGAAUACCAGAUGGAUAAGGAUGGAGAUACUUUGAUGAAUAUGGAAGCCGAUAUGCUACCAUCAAAGCAGCAGCAUGUCGUUCAAAUAGACACUUUUAGUAUGCUACCAGAAGAGACAAUCCUCGACAAAUUGCCUAAAGAAUUUCAGGAGAAGAUAACGUCAUCCAAAUGGAAAGAUAGAGUAGAAGUAUUGGAAGAAUUUUGGGAUAACGUUUUAUCGCAGACCAAGAAGCUGAAAAGCUCUUCUCAAGAUUAUUCAAACUUAUUGGGGAUAUAUGGACAUAUUAUCCAGAAAGAUGCAAACAUUCAAGCUGUUGCUUUAGCCGCCCAAUCAGUGGAAUUAAUCUGUGACAAACUAAAAACACUUGGAUUUUCCAAGGAUUACGUUUCAUUGGUUUUCACACCCUUAUUGGAUAGGACAAAGGAGAAAAAGCCUUCUGUCAUAGAAUCUAUCAGGAAGGCGUUAUUGACUCUUUGUAAGUAUCACGACCCACUGGCUUCCAACAGGCGCAAUGAAGAUAUGCUGAAAGAUAUUUUAGAACAUAUGAAGCAUAAAACACCCCAAAUUAGAAUGGAGUGUACACAAUUGUUUAAUUCAAGCAUGAAAGAAGAAAGGGACGGAUACUCAACUUUACAAAGAUAUUUAAAGGAUGAAGUGGUGCCCAUUGUGGUUCACAUCGUCAACGAUACGCAACCUGCUAUAAGAACAAUUGGAUUCGAAAGUUUUGCUAUUCUAAUUAAAAUAUUUGGAAUGAAUACCUUUGUAAAGACAUUAGAGCAUUUGGAUAAUCUGAAAAGGAAAAAAAUCGAAGAAACCGUCAAGACGCUACCUAGCUUCAGCAUCGCAAGCGGUAGUACUGGUAGCAAUUCUGACGUGAAUAAACAAACAGGGACUACGGGAAACAAAUUUCUACUGAAAAAAAGUUCCGUACUUCCAUCAAAGAGAGUGGCUUCUUCACCAUUGAGAAAUGAUAACAAAAGUAAAGUAAACCCCAUAGGGUCGAUGGCCUCUGCGACAAAACCAUCAAUGGUAGCCAGUAACAAUAAAUCGAGAGUCCUGUUGACGUCUAAGUCUUUAACGACGCCAAAAAACGUAGUGGCUAAUAUUGGUGACAAAAAUGAAAAAUUGAUUGAAGAAUAUAAAUACAGAUUUCAAAAACUACAGAACGAUGAAAUGAUAUGGACCAAGGAAAGACAAAGCCUGCUCGAAAAGAUGAAUAGUUCAGAAAAUUAUAAGAUCGAAAUGAUUAAAGAGAACGAAAUGCUAAGAGAACAACUAAAGGAGGCGCAAUCCAAAUUGAACGAAAAGAACAUCCAACUAAGAUCCAAGGAGAUCGAUGUGAAUAAACUAUCCGAUAGAGUAAUGUCGUUAGAAAAUGAGCUUAGAAACAUGGAGAUCGAAUUGGAUAGAAAUAAGAAAAGAAAUGAUACGAACUUGCAGUCGAUGGGUACAAUUUCAUCGUAUUCCAUACCUUCUUCCACAGUGUCAAGCAAUUAUGGAGUAAAAUCGUUAUCUUCCACGGUGCCAUUCAAAGAAGAGGAAGAUGGAAGAAGAAGAGAAGAAGGCAGCUACGAAAGACGAUCAAGCGAGUCCAUCGGAGACUUACCACAUCGCGUCAAUUCCCUCAACAUACGGCCGUACAGAAAGAACGGUAUUGGAAUGGGCGGUGUCUCUGAAGACUUGGAUCUCGAUUUUAAUGAUAGUUUCGCCUCAGAGGAAAGUUAUAAACGUGCUGCUGCAGUGACAUCCACACUAAAAGCCAGAAUUGAAAAAAUGAAAGCCAAAUCAAGACAGGAAGGGGCAACCAGGACGUGA